CAGCUCUAAAGAAUUCCUUGUCUAAUAGCCUGGAAGAUUCCGUUUCUCUGCAGACCUUUAUUCCGUGGGUGAGUUGGGGUUCAGCUUCUUUUCGUGCGCGUCCUUGAGGACAGCUCAUAUUUCUCGAGGUUUCUAAGACAUUCGAUCUCUGGAAGGUGGCAUGCAUGUCUUCUUCAGGGGAGAUAGCCAUUUUUUGGGUUUUUUUUUUUUUUUUUUUUGGAGUUGUCCUCUUGAAGUGUCUUUGGUUAUUUCGGGGAGACUUCAUUUCAGCAGAUGAUAUGGUUUUGUUUUUUUCCUUUUUGUAUUUUCUGCGUGCCUCGUGACAAAAAAUGAUUCCUUAUUGCUUGAAGGCGCCAUAAUUCUGAUGACAUUUAUAGGGGAGUCCUACCUUUUCAUGGGUACUCACACAUUCUGAAGAUCAUGCCUAUGACUUAGGAAGUCAUUCCACGACAACGGGGAUUCAAAUUGGCUAGAGCAUCUAGCUUCUCAAAAAUUCUAUGUAGUUCCCAGAAUAUGGGGUUGUAGUGUGGAAGGGGCUUAUAGUCUUAAUGAUCGCCCAUAUGGGAGUGCUGGGUCCCUGAAAGAGGCUUUGGACCUUUCCCGGUUCCCUCUCCCGUUCGUUCAUUCUCUUUGCUUCUUCAUUUUUCUUUCCUUUCUUUUCCUUUUUUUUUUUUUCCUGAGACAAAGUCUCACUCUGCAUUUCAGACUGGCUUUGAACUUGUAUCCUCCUGCCUGGUCCUCCAAGGUUCUGGGAUUAUGAUAAUGUGUCACUACACCUGGCCCUUUAAAGAUUUCAUGAGAGUCACUUUUUUUUUUCCGGGGCUGGGGACCAAACCCAGGACCUUGCGCUUCCUAGGCAAGCGCUCUACCACUGAGCCAUAUCCCCAACCCCGCCAUGAGAGUCACUUUUAUAGUUAGCGAUUUUUGUGUUCUUAAGAGAACUUUGAGCUGCACAGAGGUGGCACAGGCCUUCUUUAAUCCCAGCAUUCAGGAGGCAGAUGCAGGUGGAUCUCUGUGAGUUUGAGGCCAACCUGGUCUAGAGAGAGAGUUUCCAGGACAGCCAGAAGGAAACCCUGUUUCUGGUGGGAGUGGGGGUGGGGCUUUGGAGGUGGAUGGGGGUCCUUAUUUUCUUUUUUUUUUUUUUUUUGGUUCUUUUUUUCGGAGCUGGGGACCGAACCCAGGGCCUUGUGCUUCCUAGGUCAUGAUGUUUGGAAGUCCAGCAGUUGCUCUGGAACUCCUGAAGCAAGGCGCCAGCCCCAACGUCCAAGAUGCCUCUGGUACCAGUCCAGUGCAUGAUGCCGCGCGCACUGGGUUCCUGGACACCCUGAAGGUUCUGGUGGAGCAUGGUGCUGACGUCAACACCCUGGACAGCACCGGGUCUCUCCCCAUCCACCUGGCCAUCCGAGAGGGCCAUAGCUCUGUGGUCAGCUUCCUAGCUCCUGAAUCUGAUCUCCAUCACAAGGACGCCUCAGGCCUCACUCCCCUGGAGUUGGCUCGGCAGAGAGGGGCUCAGAACCUCAUGGACAUUCUGCAGUCGCACAUGAUGAUCCCAAUGUGACCCGGGCCACAGUCUCCCACCUUGCUGGGUUACUUGUCAACAAAGGAGGAAAGAAACUUUCUCUUUUCACUCCUGUCCAUUGAAGAAGGGAGUGGGAGGAGCAGUUUGUGGUUUGUUGGUGUUGAUUUCUUGAGUGUGUGUGUUUGGGGGUUGUUUCUCAUUUGUUUUUCUCACCCCUUUUUGGUGUGUUGGACAAAGAAGGGGCUCCUACAGGCACCAGCCACCUAAACGGUUCAGUUUCCUCUGCACUGGGGCUGCACAGAAGACCUCAGGGCAGGGGCUUAAAGCUCUAGCCUCAAGUGAGGUCAUCACCUCCUGGGCUCCUGGGAGCUGGUGACCUUGGUGCUCAGAGAGCCCUGAAGUGUGAGCCAUCUACUUUGGUCAUGGGAGGGGGAGGGGAAACAUUUAAAAUCAGUUAAAAGGAUAACAUGAGUUUUUUGUUUUUUUUUUUUCAUGGAAGGUUUCCAGUUUUGUUGUACAGUUUGAAAUAUAUAUAUUUAUUGCUUUAUGGAAAGAAA